GGUUUGUUAAAUCAUGUCUUCAUCAAUUUUGUUACUGUCGAAUUUUAUUUGACACGUAACCGAUAUCUAUUUCGAGUAGAAGACAAAUCAUUUCAACAAUUCAGGAAUACAAAAUGGAAACGGACCGCAGAUACUCGCAUUGAUGACAAAACCCGUUUCCCGAAUCGAAUUCGAGUUCGUUUUUUUCGGCGAAAACUUUGCGAAAUCGACAUACCCACGUCGUUGCGACAACAUCUCGGCGAAUAAAAAAAUAUGCGUCGUCGUCGCGCGAGAAGAAGCGGAGGAAGAUGCAACAAAUUGUCAACCCAAUUGACAUAAACAAAUGUUUAUUAUACAUAUUUAUGCUUCUCCGUUUGCCGUAACUUUGCUCCUGCUGUCCUUCACAGCGUGGCUUUGCAUAUGUCGAUACGGAUUUGGUUACAAUCUGACGGACAGAGAAAUUACCCGUUGGCUAGUGGUCUACUUCAUUGUUAUCACAUUGCUGAACGUAUUGCUGUUAGGACACAUUCGCGUUUUUAGCAGUUAUCCGUCGGAAAUGGUUUGCGUGCGGAGUCGCUAGAUGGCGCUACUUGUAUCAGUCGGGACAGAGUCGAUUUGCGUCGUUCGUGAUCGAGAUGGGUCUCGCGCGACACGUUCAGUUUAUAAGCCGCACGGUAUUGGUCCAGAACAACGACGUGGACAAGGCGUGCCGCGUAUUAAAUCGCAUUCUGGCCAAGGAGGACAUCUUCGGUCAAUUCAGACGCACCAGAUACUACGAGAAACCGUGCCAGGUCAGACGUAGGAUCAACUACGAGAGGUGCAAGGCGCUUUACGACGAGGACAUGAGUCGAAAGAUAGAAUUUCUUCUAAGAAAGAACAGAACAGAUCCUUUCCCGGGUGCAUUGUAAGAUUCGCAGCUUCUCUACUUUAAAUUGUGCUAAGUUAUGUACAUAUAUAUGAUACAACAAAUUCACAAAUAGAUUAUUUAUAUAAACGCUGUAUCAGGAAAUAUAUAAAGUUCUCUCUCACAGCGAUGGUUA